CGGUCGCGGGGCCGCCCCCAUGGCUUACGUAACGUCCCCCCUUAUUAGAAAGUGAAAUAAAAGUGAAAUGUGAAAAGCAACAUGGCGCUCAGAUGCACCUAACCGUGGUGAUUUCGUCUGGAUGUGUGUGAGAUCGCGUGUUGUGAAGGGGGCUUUCAUGUCUCUGGGGCGGCGAAAGUGAUGGUAGAGGCCCCAGUGGCGUUAGUUUCGAGAAAUGGCGGAUCAACCGGGCCAAACCAUCGAGUACCAAUGGGCCUAUUCCAUAAUGGACUCGAGUCGGGUGUCCACCUUUUUGAUCUCCAUGCUCCUCAUCGUCUACGGCUCCUUCCGGAGCCUCAACAUGGAGCAGGAGGCCAGGGACCGGGCCAACGGGGGCCCCAGCGGGAACUGCCUCCUGAACCCGGCCCAGCAGUCCCAGACUGACAACAACGUGCAGACGCUGGACACCAUGCAAGCCCUGUGCCUGCCCCUGGGGGCCAGCAUCUCGCUCCUGGUCAUGUUCUUCUUCUUCGACUCGAUGCAGAUGCUUUUUGCCAUCUGCACUGCAAUCAUAGCCACCGUUGCCCUUGCGUUUCUUCUACUACCAAUGUGUCAAUAUAUCAUAAGGCCGUGCUCGGAUGGUAAUAAAAUCUCUUUUGGGAUGUGUGGGAGGUUCACGGCAGCGGAGCUCCUCUCCUUUUCAUUGUCGGUGUUCAUCGUGUGCAUCUGGGUGCUCACCGGGCACUGGCUGCUCAUGGACGCCAUGGGAAUGGGCCUGUGCGUGGCCUUCAUCGCCUUCGUCCGUCUGCCGAGCCUCAAAGUCUCAACGCUCCUCCUCACCGGCCUCCUCAUCUACGACGUCUUCUGGGUGUUUUUCUCUUCGUACAUUUUCAGCACAAAUGUGAUGGUGAAAGUGGCGACGCGUCCGGCGGAGAACCCCGUAGGACUCGUUGCGCGUAAACUCCACAUCGGGGGCGUUGCCAAAGAGGCCCCCAAGCUAAGUCUGCCGGGUAAACUCGUGUUUCCCAGUAUCCACAACAGUGGGCAUUUCAGUAUGUUAGGUUUAGGUGAUAUCGUGAUGCCGGGUUUAUUGUUGUGUUUUGUGUUACGAUACGAUGCUUAUAAGAAGAGUCAAGGGUUGGCGGGCUCGCGAUUGACGUACUUCCAUUGCUCGCUACUGGGGUACUUUUUGGGGCUGCUGACCGCCACCGUCAGCUCGGAGGUGUUCAAGGCGGCGCAGCCGGCGUUGUUGUAUUUAGUUCCGUUCACUUUAUUGCCUCUACUCACCAUGGCGUAUCUAAAGGGCGAUUUAAGACGCAUGUGGUCCGAACCGUUCAAAUCUCUGACCGUUUCAAAGCAUCUGCAAGAUGUGUGAUAGACUGUUUUUGUUAAACUUAAUUCGUAGAUUUAAACCAAGUGUUACUACUAACAUAGUGAGUGGAUGCCUGUGCAUUUAAUGAACAAAUUAAACGAAUUUUCAGUACAUGUUAAGGAACAAAAUGUAUAGCUAUAUCGUCAAUUUCAGACAAAUGAUAUUAUCAAUCGUUAGGAAUAAUUUCAAGGGCAAUUUCGACGUAUCCCACACUCUAACUCACCUCCGGAAUUGCCGUCACGUAAUUAAGUCAGUAUUUUUUUGUUUUGUUUGGGGAAACGAAGGAACAAAUUCUUUUUCUGUGAUAACUCCUACUUACAUGACUUAACUACUUCACUUUUCCUACUUUUUGUGCAAUUGAACGAAUUCGGCGGUUUGUAAAUAACUUGUGAUUUUUUUAAGUUUAAGUCUCAUCCACGUGUACCUUUUUUAUCGUAUAGGUUGCUUUAAGAGGAAUAAAAACCGAUAGAAAAGUAGGUUUAGUUUAGUAUUUUGUGUUAUUGUUUUAUAUAAAAAAAAGUAUAAAUUGGAAUAAACACUC